UCACAGCCAGCCGCCGGCUAGUCGGUUCCUAAGCGUGACACAGUUUGAUGUGCCUAAGCAGCGGCUGUCGCAAUCGCAGAUACAGAUAAUAGUUACUUAUUUGCUUAGAUACUUAACUACUUAAUUACUAGACACUCGAUAGUACGGCAUCAUGAGGAGCACGCGCCAUGGCCGCAGAUCGCUCGGCAUUUGGAGUGGAUUAAUUGCAAUCUUGUGCCUAAACGAGAUCGCCUUGGACAUCGAGUUAGUCUCAGCCGUUGCCUACUACACCGAGAAGCCUGCCUUUUUGCCAUCAUGUCGGAUCUACGAGCCCGGCUUUACAAAAUGUUCUACGAAUAGCAUACAGAAGCUUCUCGAUCAGCUUAAUAUUGGAAUACCGGAGGUGGUCGAGCGUUUCGGUCCCUUUGAUCCCAUGCGAGUGAGGGAUAUAGUGUUCAAGCAGGACAACAAUGAAGUAGCCACCAUCCGGGCCAAUCUUACUGAGCUGGUGGUCAAGGGUUUUUCCAAGACACAGGUCAAGGAGAGUCGUGUUAGUAAAAAAGACUUUGGCUGGCAGACUAAAAUAUUCCUACCCAAAAUGAGACUGGAUGGCAAGUAUGAAAUGGCUGGUCGAAUACUUCUCAUACCUCUUAGUGGCUCUGGCAAAAUAUUCAUCGAAAUUGAUGAUCUUGACAUUUUGUUGCUAACAAAAACUCGUCUGUAUGAAAAGGGCGGUUUCACCUUCGACAAUGUAACCGCAGUGCGGGCUCAACUUAACUUGACCAAGGUUCGCACCUACCUGGAUAACUUAUUCAACGGACGCAGCAAGGAGGUCGAGCGCAGUACAAAUCAAUUCUUUAACGAUAAUUGGCGCGAUUUCUAUGAGGCCCUUAAACCGCUUAUCGUUGAGACGGUUGAAAAUAUCCUCUACGAUGUAAUGGGUACGGUUUUUCACCUAAUACCAGCCAACUUUUUCGUAGAGGACAUACCAACGCCCCAGCAACUAUAUGGUCCCAAAAAAGCAGAUGUUACAAAGAAUAGUCAACUUGCCACCAUGUACAUAAUUGGAUUACUAAUGCUGCUUCAUGCCGGCCUCAAGGGAGUCCAGUGCGUUGCUUUCUACACGGAAAAGCCCUCCUAUAUUGAAUCGUGCCGAAUUUAUGAACCGGAGUUCACCAAGUGCUCAACACGCUCUAUACAGGCUUUUAUGAACCAGCUAGUCAAAGGAGUACCCGAGCUAGAUGAAUCCUUUGGCCCCAUCGACCCAAUGCGACAGGAUCAACUGGUCUUCAAGCAGGACAACAGCGAUGUGGCCACCAUUUCGGCAAAUCUCACCGAUAUGCUGAUCAGCGGCUUUGGCAAAAUGGUGAUCAAGGAGAGCAAAGUCAGCAAGAAAGACUUCAGUUGGCUGACGAAGAUUUACCUGCCCAAGAUGCGAAUGGAUGGCCAUUACAAAAUGUUGGGGCGCAUUUUGCUGGUUCCCCUGCAGGGGGCCGGAAAAAUCGUCAUGGAAAUUGAUGACCUGGACAUACUAAUGAGCACCAAGACCCGCCUGCACGAGAAGGGCGGCUUCACCUUCUAUAAUGUGACUUCUGUGAAGGUAAAACUGGAGGUCGGCAAAGUGCGGACCAAAAUGGACAACUUGUUUAAUGGGCAGAGUAAAGAGGUGGAGAAAAGCACCAAUCAGUUCUUUAACGACAAUUGGCAGGAUGUGUUCGAGGCACUACGUCCACUGGUGGACGAAACCGUGGAACGAACUCUACUGGAUCUUCUCCACAAGACAUUUUCCCUGUUUCCAGCUAGCUUCUUUGUGGAGGACAUACCCACCUCCUUGACUUUGUAUGGUCGCAAAUCGCACAUGAUUGCGUAGGCGGUGAUAAAAAUAGAUUUUCAGAUUGUCUUUCGAAAUCUUUACCUUUGUUAAAUCAUUUUAGCCUUUUAUUAAUUUAAGUUUUAUUUUUGUGGGUAAAAAUCCAAUUCAAAUUUCAUAUAAAUUUGUUAGGUAACCAAAAUAUUUGUGUAAUUCAGUUUUUUAGUGGCUAAUUUUAGAUACAAAAUUCACUACAAAAUGAAAUAAAAAAUUUGAUAAGGUGGAUUUUGUUUCUAUCCACUAUUAAAUCGCAUUAUA